AUCCUGCAUCGCAUCGCACACAGGCUGAACAACCCACAUUCUCUCUAUAGCAUCAUCCACCACAUACAUCAUUAACAACCCCGCCUUCAUCGCCUGCAGCAGCACCCACUCGCGAUGGAGCUCUACAUCCCCCCACCGACAAGCUACCUCCCGCGGCUGCCUCCACCGCGGCCAGUCCUCCCCACUGUCCCUGUCGUGCCGCCUCCCGACCUCCCAGACGUCCUCACCGCGCCAGAGGGCACUUACACCCUCGCCAAGGGGACGUUCCCCGAUGUCGAGCUGCCCGGCCCGUUGCCAAUGGAUAUCGGCCGCCCCGGCCUGCCCGUCGCGAGCGGCGGCAUCAUCGGCGCCGGCGGUUUCGGCAUGACGUCCCCCGGAUUCGUGCCCAUGCCGACACUGUCCUCGCCCAACAUCUUCGCGGUCAGCUCGGGCGCGACCCUUGUCAACGGCCAGUGGCAACCUGGACACCCUACACGAGUCAACUUCGCCGACGUGUGGUACCCCGCGCGCGUGGCCGGCAAGGACGGCGGCUUCGGCGCCCUCGUCCGACUUGGCCUGGGUAAGAAGGCGGCCGAGACGCCGCAGGCUCAGAGCAGCGAGGCCCCGCCCCAGCUGUAUGACAACGAGGACGAGUACUCUGACUCGGACACGGAGAUGUCGAGCGACGACGGGCACACGCCAGCGGCCAUGCACGACUCCAUCGUCACCCCCAACGCGCCCAACCCCAACGCCCCGAAUGCUGCCAACAACGCCAAGGGCAAGGGCGGCUUUGGCAAGAGCGGCUCCAACAACAAGAAGCAGGACAAGGACAAGUCUCUGUCCAACGCCCGCGGUGGUAUCAUCACGCGCGUCUCGCCCAACCUCCAGCUGAGCUCCAUCAUGGACGAGAAGGGCAAGAAUGGAGGCGAGAGGGUCAGAUGGGCGUUCUGGAACAUGGGCAGACUGUUCUGCUGGGCAGAGGAGGGUGGUGUUACGGAAAACCUCGCCUCCGUCGUCUUCCAGGUCCCCCCUACGGCCCACGCCAUCUCGCAGCUCACCGUCGGCCCUGAGCGUCAGGACAUUGUCGUCGGCCUCGAAACCGGCGACCUCGUGCAUCUCGAUUUUAUCAACGACCGCACCGAGCGCUUCAACGUUGCGGGCAAGCUGAUCAAGAGUGCCGUCACGGGCGUACACUUUGACCCUCGUGGAGGCGAUCGUUUCAUUGCGUCUUUUGCGGACAAUUCGGUCGCUCAGUUUUGCCUGUUCGCUGAGGAGCCAAACGACGCAGCUUGGGCCCACAUCAGCGCGCUACCGAGGCCGUGGACCAACUUCUUCGACUCCCAGACUGCGGCUGCGGCGCGCGCGAGGACUCCGGGUAGCCAGGGAUCCGGCGCUGUCGCCAACGGCGACUCGCACCACGAGCGCGAGCAGUUCCUCGACAAGCUUCUGAUAUGGAAGAACGCUGAUUGGAAUCUCCCGGCCGACAAGAAGGGCGAGGACCGGCACCCUUGGGCCGGCAAGAACCCCAUGGCUGUCUACCGGCUUGGUUGCGAGACGGAGUUGACGGCCAUGGCGUACUCGCCUGAUGGACGGUGGUUGGCGGUCACGACCAAGGACGGAUUGCUCCGCCUGAUCGACAAUGAGGAGGAGCGCGUUACCGAUGUGUUCGAGCCCUACUUUGGCAGCCUCAACUGUGUCGCUUGGUCCCCAGACAGCCGCUUUGUUGCCGUUGGUGGACAGGAUGACCUGGUGACGGUCUACUCGGCGCGUGAAUCGCGUCUGGUUGCACGCUGCCAGGGCCACACUGGCUUCGUCACGUGUAUUGCGUUUGACCCGACGAGGAGAAGCGAAGGACGUGGGUACCGCUUUGGCAGUGUCGGCGAGGACGGCAAGUUGUUACUAUGGGACUUCUCUGCCGCCGCGUUGCGUAAGCCACGACACCACCACUCCAACUCGUCGCACUUCCGGGUACAGGGCGCUGGUUCGACCGCCUCUCUCACGCGGUCGGGCACCAUCAUCCCCGUCGAGCCCGAUGGAGCAUUCUACCACAAGUCGCCUCCCAAGUCCGAGGUUGCGAUGCUGCAGCCUGUGCUCGCGCGCGUGGUGGAGGGCAACCUCAUGACGUCGGUGCACAUGGGCCCCAAGACCAUCGCGACUGUCUCAAGGGCGGGCAGCUUCAAGUUCUGGAGCCGGCCGCCGCGGGUGCCGCGCGCCAAGCGCACGACCAAGCCCGGCGGCAAGGACGAGAAGAAGCGGGAGCACGCGUAGACGGGGGAGUGUAGGUGAGGCAUAGCGUUGUAAGAGUUCUUGGCAUGCAGUGGUAGAGCGU